CGAAAGCAUUCUGACACAUUCUGUGACAUCACGCGUUCGUGACAGUUGGUGAAUCACGAGUCCUUGAGAGCCGUGAGUGUUCUCUGACGUUUUUAUCGAAUCGCGUCAGAUAUUCUCAAGUGGCUGUCCACUUGAGAGAAUAACAACUUCGCAAAUUGGGAGAAAAAAUUUUCCAUUCCGUGAAAUUUUCAUCGAAGAAUCCGAAUCUCGAACUCAUCUCCGAGUCUCUCGUAGGAUGUGCGUGUCGGCGAGCGCGUUGAAUCGGCGAGGAUUCGAGAUGAUUUCGAGAGAGAUCGCGCGAUUCAACAAACGGUCGUAUUACUCGAGUCGCGACAGAUUGUUCAACAUGUUGUCGUGCUGGUACCCCGUUUCAUCUUGCGUGAUUUCGCGAGUCCCGAGCCAGUAUUGCGAGAGCUGCAGGAUGUUCUCUUCCUCGACGAAGAUUCCGAGGAUCUCUUCCGAGGAGAUCGCCGAGGCUCUGACAAAGCAACAGGCGAAGGAAUUGACGUCUAAGCUCACCUCGGAGGAACGCGCUCUCUUUUUGGCUGCCCUCAAAGAGUUCAAGUCCGAGGAAGACAAGGCUGGUUUUGAAGGUCAAUUGGCAGCUAUUCGAUGGAGAAGCAAGUUCGGUAGACCCAGCAAACUACCGUCACUGGGUGAGGUGGAUCCUACGGGGACUUACUGCCCCGUACCGGAUGACUGGUUAGAUCGCAAGUACGUUGAAACCGUUCCAGAACCAACUACGAAAGAUAUGGUGCUAGUCGCUAUUGCGAACGCGAUCCCGUUUGUUGGAUUCGGUUUUCUCGACAACUUCAUCAUGAUCGUUGCCGGCGAUCAAAUCGAGUCGAUGUUGAACAGAAGAUUUCCGAUCUCGACAAUGGCAGCGGCUGCGCUGGGUAACACGGUGUCCGAUGUCAUUGGAAUCGGCUCGGUACAUUACGUCGAGAUGUUCGCGCAAAAAGUCGGCUUCGAAGGGCCCAAGUUGACACCUGCGCAGCUGAAUCUACCCAGAGCACGGAUAGCUGCAAACAUAGGUCGAGUUAUUGGAGUUACGAUUGGAUGUUUGCUUGGUAUGACACCUAUACCGAUAGCCGCGCUUUACCGCGCCAUUAGCUGAAUUACCUGGAAAGCGGCCGAAGAACAAAGUCGACUUUAAGUAUUAAAAACAAAAAAAAAUGUAAUAAAAAUAACAAAUUAUGUGAAAUAGUUCGCAAAGUAUCACAACAGUAACAAGCGCUUUACACACGACGGCUAUAAACCUAUGAUUUAUUGUUCAUCUGUCGCCAUAAUACCAUUUUUGUCACAUUAGCGAGAAUAUUGCAUCUAUUGUAUAAAAUGUAUAGAAUGCAUACAAAUAGUUAGAAAAAAAAAAAAAAUCUAGUACAUGUGUAACAUACAGUUGUUGUUAACGAUCGAAAAAUAACGAGGCUUAUGUAAAAUUCUCA